UUCCCUAUUUCCUUAGCUUUUAGAUCAGAUAUUUCCCCAUCAAGAAGGAAGCCAUUAUUGUAAAUGGAUAGCUUCAGGAAGGCCUAUGGGGCUCUCAAAGAUUCCACCCAGGUUGGCCUAGCCAAGGUCAACAGCGAAUUCAAGGAUUUGGAUGUUGCAAUUGUGAAGGCCACCAGCCAUGUUGAAUUACCACCCAAGGAGAGGCAUAUUAGAAAGAUAUAUGCAGCAACAGGCGUGGCACGUCCACGAGCAGAUGUUGCAUAUUGCAUCCAUACACUUUGCAGGCGACUGGCCAAGACCAAAAGUUGGAUUGUUGCCAUAAAGGCACUAAUAGUUGUUCAUAGGACAUUGCGAGAAGGAGAUCCUACUUUUAAAGAAGAAUUGCUUAAUUUCGCACAGAGAGGACAUAUUUUCCCGCUAUCCAAUUUUAAGGACGACUCCGGUCCAGGAGCUUGGGAUUGCUCUACUUGGGUUCGAACAUAUGCGUUGUUUCUAGAGGAAAGAUUAGAGUGUUUUAGAACCUUAAGAUAUGACAUUGAAGCGGAGCGAAUGUCCAAAGCGACGUCGAAUGCUCACGGAGAAGGCAAGUUACAUGCCAAAACACGAUAUUUGAGUGGCGAAGGAUUGUUAGAUCACCUCCCUGCGUUGCAACAGCUUCUCUACCGCCUAAUUGGUUGCCGGCCUGAAGGAGCAGCUUGUUUCAACUUUCUUAUUCAGUACGCACUGGCCCUGGUGUUGAAGGAGAGUUUUAAAAUAUAUUGUGCGAUCAACGAUGGGAUUAUUAACCUUGUAGAUUUGUUCUUUGAAAUGUCGAAGCAUGAUGCAGUGAAAGCUCUCAACAUCUACAAAUGCGCUGGGCAACAGGCUUCAAAUCUAGCUGAUUUUUAUCAAUUUUGCAAAGGCUUGGAUCUGGCUCGGACAUUUCAGUUCCCAUCACUGAGACAGCCACCACCUUCAUUUCUUGCAACAAUGGAGGAGUAUAUCAGGGAAGCACCACAAUUUGGUUCAGUAUCAAGUAAGAGGCUGGAGUACUAUCAAGAAGUUGAAGAAGUAGAAGAAGAAGAAGAAAAAUUAGAAGAAGCUGGUGAAGAGAAAUAUGAAAAAGAUGUAGAAGUGGAAACCAUGGAUGAACAAGAGAAAGCACAAGAGGAGCAGAGCCCCAACCCAGAAGAAGAUUCACCAUUAGUACUAACGGCGGAAAAUUUUGAUCUUUUGGGGAAUGAAGUGGAUUUGGAUCCAAAAGUUGCAGAACUAGAAGAAAGCAAUGCAUUAGCCCUUGCUAUUAUUCAACCAGGUAUCGAAAAUCAUUCAACUAUAAAUCUUUUUGAUGAGAUUGAGAAGAGUUCUGGAUGGGAGCUAGCGUUGGUUAAUGCACCAAGUAACCAUAAUGUCCAGCACGUACCACAUACAAAUACGGCCGGCGGCUUCGACAAAUUCUUACUUGACAGCCUGUAUGAAGACGACAAUGCCAGAAGACAAUUAGAACUAAGAAAUGCGGGCUAUAAUGCAGGAUAUGGAUAUGAAACGACUAUCCAAAACCCUUUCAUUCAGAAUGAUCCCUUUGCUAUGUCUAACAAUAUUUCACCACCAACCAACGUGCAAAUGGCCUUGAUGGCACAACAACAACAACAUCAGCAGCAACAACAACAACAAUAUCAACAACAACAUAUGAUGCAGCAGGAAAAUCAUCAACAACAAAAUAUGUUGACAAUGGUGCCUUAUGACCAAUAUCCACAACAACAAAUGUCCUACCCUGCCUCUACAAACCCUUUUGGAGACCCAUUUGGGUAUCCACCCAAGAACAUGCCACCGGGAAACAAUCCAUUACUUUAGAUGUGUUUUCUUAUACUAAUUAUGCUCCAUUACUUUAUGGCUAGAAACAUCAUCUUUCGAUUGCUAGAUAUGCUACUAUAUUUGGCUUUUCUAGCAUUAUAUUCAUUUCUAGCUUUAAUCUUCUUGAUCUCCCCCACUUCACAAUGUAAUUAUCUCUAUUGUACAAUACUUCUUUUUGCAUUGUAGAUAAUAUCAUUGCUAACUAUUUAGCAUAGGAAAAUACUUAUUUUUCCUCAUCAA